AUGGAUUCCGAAACAGAUAUCGCGCCAGAGUCUUUGUUUCGUCCUGCGAAGCGACGCAAGUUUGUACCGCGACGGCCACAAAGCACCGAUGAUCCAACCGCUACCGAGCCAGCCACGACUAGCCAUGAAGUCGAUACUCAAGUCGCUGAUGUUCCGUCCCCUGGGGAUCAAGAUCAAUCGGCGCAAACCGCAAAUGUUGCUCGCCUUCGACGUCCGCAUCAAUCGCGAAGAGGAGGAAUAGGAUUUUCUGCCACUUCGCAACAUGGCAACAAUAGUAAUCGACAGACGGCGCUGGUGUCUACGGAGGAUAUCGAGGCCGAACGGAUACAAGCGAUGGGCGAUCGGUUCACAACAUAUACAGGCCAGUCCGAAGACGUGGAUAAACAUAUGAUGGCCUACAUAGAUUCCGAGAUGGCUAAGCGAUAUAAUCGCAGCCCGGUACUAGACAAUAUAGAAGCUCACAACAAGGAAGAAUUACGGAGGAUAGGUGAAAGUACCAAAUCAGAAGCGCAGCGUGAGCCCGCAUCACUGGGCAAAUUACAUGAAAUCGACCUUGGCCAGGAGACGAAAAUGCAGAACAUCGCACGCACACAAGCAGCCACUCGACGACUAGUGGGUGACGAGGAUUCUCCGACUACUGGUGAUAUUGAACCCCAGCCGGAUCGCUCUGGCUCAGAUAAAGUAUGGCGCAAGCAAAAACGGCGCAACAGUGCUGACGUCGAACGCGACCGGCUUGUGGAAGAGGUAUUGCGCGAAAGCAAACUCGAUGUCUAUGAUGAACCAGAGGAGGAAAUGUUGGCCGGUGACCAAGCGGCGGAUGACCGGAUUGCCGAGCAGUUCCGCCGGGACUUUAUGGAUGCCAUUCAGUCUCGGCGACGGCUUCGAGCAACCCGCACCACCAAGACAGAUAAAACAGAGGCUCCCAAGGGACCCAAGCUUGGAGGAAGUCGUAGCGCCCGAGCUGCUAUGCGAGAGAUGCAAACUAAGACUGGACAGAAGUGA